GCCUGUGCGGAGGAUACAUGGAGGCGAGAGAGGCAGAAGUUGGAGAUGGAGGUGUCAUCUCAGGAGAGCGCAGACCGAGCAUUGCACAGCUGCAGGAUGUGCUGAGGAGAGUGUCUCUAAGUUCCUUUCACAGCAAAUGCAAGGAGAGUGGCUUUCUCCUCGAUCUGUCCAGUGGAACAGAAGUGUCCAGUGACCAGCUUGCACAGAGUGGAAGUCUGAGUCCAGUUAACCCGGUUCAGAGUCUGACUCAGAAUGGAACUGCAAGCAAACCAUGGAAUCCUUUCUUUUCUGCUGAGAGCAAAGUUAAUGGAGUCAGUGGCAGCUCAAGCAUUCAGAACCCAUUUUCCACUCAAGACAAAGACUCCACCAUUAAUGGUGUUGGUAAAGAGAGCAAGACACAGCCAAAUGUGCAGGACUUAUUCUCAAGUGGUAGACAAAGGAACGGAUGGUCUUGGCCUCCAUCAUCUUCUGCAGUAACACUUGAGCCGUCAAAGGGGGAUUUUCUUCAAAACGAUUGGGCCAUCUUACCGCCCUCAGCUUCAAGCCUGGAAACCAAACCCACUGAUAUAUUCCAAGCCGCACCUCCUUCCUGGCUUUCAGACCUCCCUCAGGCUAGCCCGUCCAAUCAGAAAGCAGAUGUUUUUCAACCAUUUGGAAGCAAAGAGGAAAACCCUGUCUUUGGGAGACCACUGGGGACCAAUGAGAGCAAAGAACUCACUGAGCCGUCCAACGAGAGGGAUUAUCUCUUGGAAUACAUACUGGCCAAUCAAAUGAACGAGGAUUUCCAACCUGCACCUUCUCCUACCGUAGAGACUGAUGGACCAGAUGCUUCCCAGAACGUGUCUAGGUUUUUCCCUCCUCCUGUUGCAAACGAAGACUUAUUCCAAACCCCGGACAUUUUCUCGGGCACCCCUACAUCUGCGUCAAAUGAUAACUUUCCGCCCCCUUUGUCCAGUCUAGACAACAGAGUAUUCCAGAGUACCCCAUUUUAUCCAACCCCAACCUCCAUUAAGGCUGAUAUUAAUGCGUUUGACCCAUUAUCUGUUGAUUACGUUGCGAAUGGUGAUCCAUUUAAGCCUCAGGAAAGCCAGUUUGACAAGCUGUUUGCCAACCCUGUUGGCACUAGUGAUGGCACUUCUACAGGGCUCAUGACUGGAACAUUCAAGGACACAUCCCCAGUUAUAUCACCAGUAAAUAAUCCGAUGUUCAGAAGGCGCCUGCCCAAACCAACACCCCGAAGGAUUCAUAAGAACUCUAAUCAGGAUGUGGACCAUCAUUCUUCAUCCAAGCCUGCUGUCGUCUCUCCCACAUCUGCACUAGCUCAUUUUGGUACUCCUCGGAUUCCCCUUAAAUCCAUCCAGGCUCCUCCCACAUCCACUCCUUCUACUUCUCCUCCUGUCUUACAGGCCAGAACCAGCAUUCAGAACCAAACACCAGCUGAAGAGGAAAAUAAGAACCAAGUCUAUGAGGACGUUCUUCUCAUUGGGCAGGAGAGAUGUGUAGAGGACUGGCCAGAGGACAGCCCCCAGCUUUCUCCCAGCUGGAAGCCGGCUGGAAAGUUAAGACUGAGGAGGGAUUCUUUGAAGAUCACUGCAGAGUCUGAGGCAGCCCUGACUUCAGAGACUCUUGGGAAGAAACAUGGCAAAGGGAAACUGAGCAAGAAGUUGAGGUCCUCAUUCUUAUCUAGAAGAGGGUCAAAGGAUAAGUUUGGAGACGACCUGAAGGCGGCACAGACAGCAGCGCUCGGCCGAGAGUUCAAGGAGAGAACCUCUGACAGCUUGAAUGGUGGCUAUGGGGGGACCCUGCCUUGGGGAACAAAGUUCCAUGACGGUGCCUUAGAUGACGUUUUCUCAUCUGAUCAAGAUGAACACAGUGCAGCAGUGGCCAGCAAACGUGUGAAGCAGAAGAAAAGAAUAAAAGUAUCCGUUCCUCCCUUACGUUACCGAACAUCUUCCAAGAUAAAGUCCAACAGUGAUGUUCCUGAUAAUGGAUUAGGCCAUUCCACCGUCUUGCCAGCUUCCAAGGAAGACCGAUUUAUGAGAACCGAUGCUGAAAAGACUCGCUUCUCUGCAGACGUCUUGGAUUCAUUUAGGCCUCCGAAUAAGGAGGAGGGGGCGACUGGAUAUACCCCUUCGUUGGAGUCAAAGGCAGGUUACCAGGAUGAGCCUUUCUCUCCGAAUGGUGCCGAGCAACUAGAAAUGCAGGACUGUCGACCUAAGAAACCUGUUAGGUUUAUAGUUCCCCGGCUGCCUCGGAAAGAAUCGAAGAGCACAGCAGAGGACGUCCCACAGAAAGGGGCAGAUCUAUUUAAAGCCAGUGACGUUAACGGCUCUGAACUGAAUGGACAUGAGGAUUAUAAUGAGAUGAGAAAACCGCCUAUUCUGAGGGUUCCACCACUUCCUUGCAGAGAUGCAAAGGGUCUACCGGAUUCAGAAACCCCAGAAAAAGGAGCAGAUCUGUUCAAGCCAGGAGACGUUGAAGAUGCUGAAACCUGGAUGGAGGAGUACAGUCCGGACACCAAGCCUCAUAACAAUUCACAUACGGCAAGCAGAGAAACAACGGCUAGAGGGGAAGCAUUUGUUCCUGAAGACUUUGAUCCCCCAGGUGCUACCUCCAGUAACUACUACCUUUCAGAGGCAGCUAAGGCUGAAUGGAUGUCCUCGCAGAUGGACGUGAGGCGAGCAAGAGGCCCGGAAGACGACGAAGAGAGAUUGGAGGGCGUGGAGGAGGAAGAAGGGGACACUGACAGUCUGAUGGAGUGGUGGAACACAGUGGAAUUGUGGGACGAACUACCCUCAGAUGAGGAAAUCAACCUUAAAGAGGAUGAAACUAUAUCUUUCACUGAGAUUGCUGGGAAGGUCCACCGCGGGCUCCGGGUCUUCUAUAAAGUUUUCACCGAGCAAGCCGAAUUUCUCUACCAGCACGUGCUGUUCCUCUACAGCCUCGCCGAUGACCUCAGCAACUUCCACCGCCGCGCUAAGAUUGCGAACAUCACAGGUAGCACUACAACAGCUGUGGGUGGAGUGGCAGCCAUCGCCGGACUGGCUUUAGCCCCUGUUACAUUUGGGGCUUCGCUCAUCGUAUCAGUGGUUGGCCUGGGGGUGGCCACAGCGGGAGGAAUCACGGCAGCUUCGGCUGCCAUCUCGGACAACGUCCAUGACAUGAACGACCGUAAGAAGAUCGAGAUCAUCGUGCAGGACUAUGAGAUUCGUUUGACAGAGAUGCAGCACUGCCUUCGAUUCGUUGCGGAGGGGAUCCGCCGACUGCGCUGCCACCCUCUGCUGCGGAGGAACAACUACUACGCCGGCAACUGGGAGGUACGACGAGCGUUGCAGACCGUUAGCCUGGUCAGCGAACCUGUGGAGCGAGCGGAGGAAAUAGUGAACACUGCCAUGGCAGCAUUGAACAGCGUGUGUAAAGGCAUGGAUAAGUACUUCACCAAGGACUCGAGGGAGCUGAAGAAGGGAUGCAAGAAGGAAGUGACAAUGCGAGUGCAAAUGCUGGCCAAGCACCUGCAUGAUGGCCUAGUGCAGCUGAACUCCAUUAGAGAGCAGCUACUGGACGCAACUGGCCACGUUUAAAUUGGUUGGGUCAUGCUUCGGCUUCCUGCCACAUGGACGUCCCAGUGAUGAUGCCAGUGUUGUCCGAAAGGAGUAGGACUGGACCAAAUAUGGAUCAGCUGUUGAUUCGGAGUGUCUGGUUUUGCCCGUGACUGUCCCUAAAGGGUGACCCUAAAACGAGUGCUCUCUUGGUGUCAGGGUUCAGUCAGUAUAGAAAAACAUGAUUUUAAUAUACACCAGCGUUCAAAAGUCAGAAAUCACUUUUUAUAUGAAUGAUUUUUGCUUUUUUAAAUAAAAAUGCAGGUUUGAUCACACACUUAGAUGCAUUUAGAUGUAAUAUUUCAAAUAUUUCGUCUAAAUAAUAGAAUAAAUAAUAUGCUGUAAUAAUCUGUUAAUUAUUACAAUUGCAAUUAUUACUUGUAAUUAUCUUGUUAGGUUGCACAGGCCUGUAAUACUAGAAUCAUUCUAUGUAUUUAUCGGCCACCGUAUUGAUUUUGUAUUAUUGAAAACGUUCAAAUUGGUUCGUAAUAAGCCUAGAUUAAUGGGGAAACCCCUUUGGCAGUGCGUUUUAGUCCAAGACCAUGUUCAGUACAUGUCCAAGAAUCUCUCAGAGGUUAUAUGACAAAUUCAGUAUCAUGAUACUUCAAGAUGUUUUCACGAUGGACAGUAUCUGAUGAUACUGACUUUUUCUGACAUCUGAUCAGUUGGAAUAAAGGAAAAAAGCAAAAAUUACCCAUGAAUUUAAUCAUUUAUAUUCAACACUUUACAUGCUGUGCUACACUAAAUCCCGUUAAACAAGACUAUCUAUGCUCUCUUUUUAAAGAGACAUGCAGCCGAUCAGUGUUUGAGUUCUAAAUAUAUCUAUAAAAUACUCAGAAAAGCAUAUGAUAUUUGGCAUGAUAACGAUGAGUAGUGUCCUUUUCCCCAGCCCUGCUGUCUCGUAAUAUAUGUGAUCCAGAAUAUGGACUACAGUUCCCAUACUCACUUGAGAGAACUUCAAAAAAGUGUGGGCUUGAGUUGAUUAUGAGUGCUUGUGGUGUUUAAAGCUUCACCUUCGUUGCUGUUGUGCACCUGACACCUUCUCUUAAUCUGAACGCUGUCUGCGGUUGGACAUGGUUCUGGUUUCUUAUUCGCUUAGUUCUUGUUCUGAAUCUUCACUUCCCCAGUGAAAACUACCUUCAGUGAGGGCUGAAAUUCUGGGAUUUAAGUUGGUGCUUUGGUACCUUCUGUAUCACAUCUGGCUUCAAACCGUGGCAACACAGAAAGCUAUUUUGCCAGCGUUUAAACUUGAAAAAAAAAAAAAACACACACACACACACACACACACUCCGUCAGGGUCAAGGGGUGGGUGCUGGAGCAUAUCCCAGCGGUCAUUGGGCAGAAGGCAGGAUACACCCUGGACAGGUACUUGAAAAAAUAGUUAAUGUUUAAAGUAGUCUUGUGUUCAUAACAGGGAAAAAUGAAGUGGAGUCCAAGACUGGACAUGGACCGUGCCAAUAUAGCACGUUUAAUAUGAAGUUUAAUAUGUGAAGUUUCAUUUCGCUGCUUUGGUGUUUACAACGUCUAGUUGUGGUCAGUUCUUCAGACUGUCAACACAUCUCAUUACAGUAGACCUGUCAAAUGAGUCUGAAGUACUUUUAUUUUGCCUUUUAUUGUAAAAUCCAGUGUGUAUAUUUGUAUCCUUUGAAGGAAAGAGGUUCAGUUAUUUAGUAAAAAGUAGAGGUGGGUAAUCCAGGUGCCAAACCCUCCCCAGGAUUUUGUUCGACUUCUCCAGUUUGCUCAAGCCAGCAGCGAAGGUGUUCAGGCGGUUGGAACGAAAUCCUGGGGAGGGUUUUUCACUUUUUGGACCUGGAUUACCCACAUCUAGUAAAAAGUCACUGAAAAAUGUUCCUCUUGUUAGACUGUUUUCUUUAGUCAGCAUACAUUUUGCUAGAAAGUGAUGUAUUAUGUAAAUUUUAUGAUUUAAAUGUUAAAAGAAAAUGCCAGAUGGGAACAAGUCGUGGUUAAUCUAGACCGCUAGUUAGCCAUACUGGAGACUCGAGAGGCUACAUCUGCUGUUACUGAUGGACCCGUAUCCUACAUUUUCUUGUAUUUUAUUAUUUUAUUCUCCUGACUUUGCUGCUAAAUAUAUUUUUCCCAUCUUCCAUGCUUCCACCCCCACGCCUUAAUUUUAGCUCUGACCCAUCCCAAAAUCCCAGGGCUCACCAGGCUUUCUCGUCUUUACCUCAGUACGGGGUUCAACAUUGUUUGCCAACGAUACCUAGAUAACAGGAUUGCUUAGUUUAGCUGGAUACCUUAGGCCCAAAGUCAAGCCUGGCCAAAGAGAAAAGAGGGGCAUUCCCAUUGGGGCUUUAUGUCUGUUUUUAUGCGCUGUACUCAUUUUAAAAGUUUUCCUGCUUUUAUAUGUUGCUGAAAAUAAAGCUGCUGAAAUGCUUUAA